UAUUUUAUUCGUAGGGAAAGAGCGAUAACUCUUAAAGCGUUUUCACUUUCUGGUUUCGAAUUCGAGUGCAACAAAACGUUUGAAUAUCCUGCGCAUGCGUACAUCUGGUUUGAAAUUCGUAAACGGAUUGAUGAUUUAAUGACAUGUGAACCGAGAAAAGAGUUAAAGUUUUCAUACUUCUGUGAAAUAUAUAUAUAAUCAACAAUAAGUGGUAAAUUUUAAGAGAGUAUCAUGGAUAUGGGAAGCCUUAAAGUUGGUGUCAAUGUUGACAUUCAACGAACUGAUGGUCGCAUACAUUCAGCUGUUAUAAGUGGUCUAAAUCCUGAAGCACGAAGCGUGACAGUGGAAUGGUUCGAGAAAGGUGAAACAAAAGGAAAAGAGAUUGAGGUAGAGGCUAUCUUCUCCUUGAAUCCUGACUUUGCUCCAGCUCAGCCCCCUCCAAGUAACCGUGAUAUCCAGUCUUCUAAGAGUAGUAGGAUUCCAAAUGCAGGAGAAGGUCCAAAAGCUGUUCGAAAAGCACCAUCCUCUGCCAAAUCACGACAAAGCUAUGCAGCAAAUUCCAGACAAUCAGUUGCAAACCAGAAUCAGAAUGGCCAUGCUGAUCCGAAGGGAGAUCCCAAGGCACCUCCUGGUGGUCGCAGAAAGUCAAACUGUGUGAAGGAAGUGGAAAAAAUUCAACAAAAGCGAGAUGAAAGAAGGGCCAAGCAUUUAGCAAUCAAGGAACAAAAUGAGUCCCAUUUUGAUACAGCGGACCCAAACUGGGAGUUUCAGGCCAUGAUAAAGGAAUACAGAGCUGGGCUGGAAUUUCGACCGCUGACUUCCUCUGAUCCCAUUGUAAAUCAUCAGAUCUGUGUGUGUGUAAGGAAACGCCCACUGAACAAAAAAGAAGUAUCAAAAAAAGAUGUGGAUGUCUUAACACUUCCUAACAAAGAGUGCACCAUUGUACAUGAGCCUAAACUAAAGGUGGACUUGACCAAGUACCUAGAGAAUCAGACCUUCCGAUUUGACUAUGCAUUCGAUGAGAACUCCACUAAUGAAAUGGUUUACAGGUAUACUGCCAAGCCACUAGUGGAGUGCAUCUUCGAGGGCGGUAUGGCUACCUGCUUUGCCUAUGGUCAGACAGGCAGCGGUAAAACACAUACAAUGGGUGGAGAUUUCUCAUCUAAGGGUCAGCAAGACUGUGCUAAAGGAAUCUACUGCUUAGCUGCCCGGGAUGUUUUUAGACUUCUCAAUACAAAGUAUAAAAAGUUGGAAUUACAAGUUGGUGCAAGUUUUUUCGAAAUAUACAGUGGAAAGGUGUUUGAUUUGCUCAACAAAAAAUUGAAACUACGAGUGCUAGAGGACCAUAAAGGACAAGUGAAUGUAGUAGGACUAAAGGAGGAGCACAUAGAGAAUGCAGAGGAUGUGUUACGACUUAUCCAGCACGGGAACAAUGUACGGACAUCAGGGCAGACAUCAGCCAAUCAGCACUCUUCUCGUUCACAUGCUGUAUUUCAAAUAAUCGUACGCAGAAAGAACACAAAUAAACUCCAUGGAAAAUUUUCUUUGAUAGAUCUUGCAGGUAAUGAGCGGGGAGCCGACACAUCAAGUUCAGACAGACAGACAAGAAUGGAGGGAGCGGAAAUCAACAAAAGUCUCCUUGCUCUCAAGGAAUGUAUUCGUGCUUUAAGCAGAAAAGGGGAAUAUCAGCCAUUUAGAGCUAGCAAGCUAACACAGGUGCUCAGGGACUCCUUCAUAGGAGACAAUUCUAGGACUUGUAUGAUUGCCAUGGUGUCUCCUGGAAUGACGUGUUGUGAACACACAUUGAACACACUACGAUAUGCUGACAGGGUGAAGGAGUUGGGACCAGGCGGACCAGUGGAAGGGAAGCCAGCUGAGAUAGCUUUGCCAAACAAUAUCAACUUUGGAGCCAUGUCACCUCAGAACAGUGAUCUAGCCAAACUCAAGACCUCCAAUCAAGAUGAGAUUCCGGAUGAGCUGCUGACAUUCCAUGAAGCUGUGAACCACAUGCAGGAGAUAGAGGAAGAGAUUAUUGAUGACCACAAAGCUCUUAUAGAGAACACACAGAAGUGGUUGAUUGAAGAUAAGAAAUUGGCAAAGAACUCUGAUGAAGCUGAUUAUGAUGUAGAAGCAUAUGCAAAACAGCUGGAUACCCUUUUAGCAAAGAAAAUCCAGACACUGACCAAAUUAAGAGAAAAAGUAGCCAAUUUUAGAAAAGAAAUACAGGAAGAGGAAACUCUUAGUAAAAACAUCAAGAGCAAGAAGAAAUGAACAACAAAAGAAGUAAGGGACAUAAAUCAGCAUCACUAUACCACCGUCGUUAUCUCGGGAAGUUGCCUAUGUGAACUCCUAAGGAGUGUCAAGUAUGCAUGUUCGCUGUCUGUGAUAUUUUUGUGUUUUCUUUUUUGCUUCCCAGGAGAGAUUAACUCACUCAGUACUUGAACAGAGAUUUUGUUGACAAGCUUAUACUGUGAUCACGGUAAAUUAGCCAAGUAGACCAGUCUCCACGCCCAACAUUUUGUCUCUUUUUUUCCUCCCUUUCUGAAUUUUUCAUCUUUGUUCUAAUUCUAGUCUUUUGAGGGUAUAUACAUCAUGUAUUUAUACUUGCCAGCUGUUGUGAGGUCAGUGUUGUGUCCUUUGAAUCAGAUCAUGAAUCGCAUCAUCUCAUAAGUCUCAUAAUAGAAAUCCAUUUAACAUGUCUAUUUAACAUUGUAUGUGGGGUAUUUUGAAUGUCAAGAUUGGAACUGGAAAUGGGAGGAGGUAUUUGAAUGACAUUAAAUUAAAGUGGCACAUGUAGUUUAAAUCACACUAGUCACAAAUAACAUCACAUUGCCUUUUAAUUUAUUCAGAUUUGAGGUUGCGUUUGAAUUUUUUUUUCUGUGUGAUAGUUACAUGUACACAGAGUACAGUAAUAAUAACCGGUAUAAUGAUCAGUGGACAAAGAGAGGGUGUGUAAGAGGAAAAACUAUCUCAUUAUGCAUGUCCCACAUGAAUAUAUGCUCACAGCUGUGUUCUUAUGAAAUUCAAGAACAAUACUUUCAGAUAUAAAAUUUCUUUUACAAUAAAGAUAAUUCAAACUAAGAUGUGUUCAUCUCUAUCAGAACAAAAUCAGUGUUGCAGCUUUUGUUAUUUCAUUGAAACUUUACUAACCUAAGAGAAUAACUCUGCUAUUUUGUAUUUAAAAAGAGUUCAUGGUUUACUGUGCAAUAAGAUAAAUUGAAUGUAUUUCUAUUCUUUUAACAAACUUGACAUUUGUCACAUGGAGGUUGAGACAUAUUUUUUUUCAUGGAUGCAAGCUUGGUUGUGUAUGCAUUGUUCAUUGUUUUUUUUAUUGAACAUGCACACCCUGAAUGUAUUAGAUUUUUUUGUUGAUAUUGUUGAAACAUUUAUCUGUAAUCUCAUACAACUGUACUGUUAUUUUAUGGCUUAUAAUUUUUGUGUACAUACAUGUAAUAUUUAAAAAGAAAUGAACAUUUCUCAUGUUCAGUUUGUAAACAUGUAUAUAAUGUGUAAUAUAAGGUACAUUCAAACCUAUUCUUGUGUAUUGUACCUUUAUGUACUUACAGAGUUAUAUUGUGAAUACAAGGAAACAUAGAUUUUUAAUAUUACUGGUAUAUAUAUUCAGCAUUAUGAUUUGUUAACAUAGCCAUAGAAGUAGUUGGGAGAGUGAUAUCUAUUUAAUAAACUACUUUUAGGUACAUGCAUUUUUCAAACCUUUCUACAGUUUCAUAACUUUACUAGUAGGAGCUCAUGUGUGAAAUAAUUUUGAAAUUGUGAUAAAAAUGCAAUAUACUUUUCCAUAGGUAGUGGUUCUCAUAUUUGUAACAAUGUUAUAUCUUGAUUUUCAUUUAUAAUAGUGACAAAGUGUCACAGAGCAUUAUUCUCUUCCAACUUAGAAAAUUAUACUAGUUUUUAACAUGACAUUCCAAAAUAGCCCUUUCAUCAGUUUUCUUGUUGCAAAAACCACUUACAAUAUAACAUACAUUUAUCUUGCGUUCUACAAAACCAACAUGGAAUACUGUUGCUAUUGUUUCAUGACAUUGUUAGACUUUCCUCUCUGUUUACUCUUUAAUCCAGAGUUGUUAAAUUUCUGUUUUGCAAUGUAUUGACAUCUUACAGAUGUUUUAUGAUGUGCGAAGGGUAUGAAGAUUUUAUUAGUUGACUUGCUAAAGAAAAGAGAUCAAUCAAAUAGUAGGAGUCUAGAUUUGCAAUUAAUGUAUGCAUUCAAUGAAGAGCUUAUUAAGUUUUCUAGCAACUGAGGUUCUCAACUGCUGUUCAAAUUAUGGUCACAAAUGAAUAAAGAAUGACCCAGGA